GGGCGGGGAGCGCCAGCCCGCGCCUCCAGCCCCACGUGUGGCGGCGGAGCGGGGAAGUUGCCGGCGGCCGGCGCUGCGGAGUCUGCCCCUCUCCCGCCGCUGCCCGUCCCUCCCCGUCCCUCGGGCGAGCGCAACUCCAAUUUCUUGCACAGCCAACCACUUGAAGGAGAAGGAAUUCUUCAACCCCUUGUUUCAAAAGACCUUGGACUAUUUUCUGCUGUUCCACUCCCUUUGCUCCCACAUUUGGCAAGCAGAAGAUCCAAAGAGGAGGAUGAGGCAGCUAAGAGGAAAACCCAAAAAAGAGACCUCCAAAGAUAAAAAGGAGAGAAAACAGGCAAUGCAAGAGGCUCGGCAACAAAUCACCACCGUCGUGCUUCCCACACUGGCUGUUGUAGUACUGCUGAUUGUUGUGUUUGUUUAUGUAGCGACUCGUCCAAAUACAACUGAAUGAUGCAGCUUCUCAGACUCUCUAGCUUUGGGGUAUUAAUAAUUUUACCAAGAGCCAAAAGGAACUCUCUGCCACUCUUUCAGUACUUUACAAAGGAACUUGCUGGUAUUUUCAGUCUUUCUCUUGGUUAGGGUCCUGCGGAUUCUCUUUUGGAAUGUAACAUAAAACGUAUUAGUGAAUAUGCCAGUACGUUUUAUGGCCCAGUUCAUGUGCCUUUCAGACUUUUAAAAUGAUGUUUUUCUUAAAUCUGUUUGAAGCUCUAUAUUGUAAAAGGAAAUUGUGUUCUGCUAUAAAUUUGUAAAAAAUCAGCUUUCAGCUUUUAUUGUUGUUAUGGAUAAUGUUGCUCCCAUGAGCUCUUGUGUGUCUACUUCAGAACUUCCAAAGAAGUACAUUUCUUCUUUGUACUUAAUGUCAUAUGAAGUGCUUAGAUUCAGAAAGGAUAUAUUUAUUUUUUGAAUAAAAGAGAGAAGUCUUACUUGGAAUCUUCAAAUUAUUUUGCAAAAAAUGUGACUUACUGUGAAAGCCUACGUAUUGUAAUAAUUUUUUCAUUAACCACUAUAUAGUUCACUCAAAAAGAAUAUCUUUUUGGUGUGAGAUCCCAACAUGCAAAGUGAAUACUUCAGGAUCUGCUGGAAGGAAUCUUACAGAAUUUAGAAAGGGAGAUUCUGCCAGGUUAUUGUGAAGUAACUAAUAACAAUCUGCAUAAAUACAGAUAGUUGUUUAUCUGAGUGUUCAAUAUUUAAAUCUGUAUAAGUGGCAAUAAAAAGGCAACUUUGAAUACA